ACUUCCGACCACUCACACCUCCUCGACUCUUUUCCUUGGAUUCUUUCUCCACCUUCACCCACUUUCAAUCUGCAAAAUGAGCUCGCACGACAACGAGGAACUUAUCGACUACGAGGACGAGCAUGAUGUUGCCCCUAAUGGCGCCACUGUAGCAUCUGUCACGAAUGGGGCAGCGGCUCCCGCAGUGUCAGCAGACGGGGACGACAAAGACAAGAAGAACUUCUCUGGAAUUCAUUCGACGGGCUUCAGGGAUUUCUUGUUGAAACCCGAGUUGUUGCGUGCCAUCAGUGAUCUUGGGUUUGAGCACCCAUCAGAAGUUCAACAGGAAUGCAUUCCUCAGGCCGUGCUGGGAAUGGAUGUCCUUUGUCAGGCAAAAUCUGGUCACGGAAAAACGGCAGUCUUUGUGUUGGCCACUUUGCAGCAGUUGGAGCCAGUGAAUGGCGAAGUCUCUGUCAUUGUGCUAUGCCACACACGUGAACUUGCCUUCCAGAUCAGGAAUGAGUACACGCGUUUUGCGAAGUACAUGCCCGAUGUUCGUGUUGGCACUUUCUUCGGUGGUACGCCAGUCGCCAAGGACGCCGAGCUUCUUAAAGACAAGACCAAAUGCCCUCACAUCGUUGUGGCAACCCCCGGUCGUCUCAAUGCCCUCGUUAGGGAUAAGGUCCUGGAUGCGAAAAACGUCAAGCACUUCGUGUUGGACGAGUGCGAUAAAAUGCUAGAACAGCUUGACAUGCGCCGCGACGUGCAAGAAAUCUUCCGCGCGACCCCUCAUCACAAACAAGUUAUGAUGUUCAGCGCAACGUUGGCGAAGGAAAUUCGUGUGACGUGUAAAAAGUUCAUGGCCAAUCCUUUGGAGAUCUUCGUCGACGAUGAGACCAAGCUCACGCUUCACGGGCUACAACAACACUAUGUCAAGUUGGAGGAAGUUGGCAAGAACAGGAAGCUCAACGAGUUGCUUGACACACUCGAGUUCAACCAGGUUGUAAUCUUCGUCAAGUCAGUUGCGCGUGCCAUUGAAUUGGACAAGUUGUUGGUGUCUUGCAACUUCCCCAGCAUCAGUAUUCACUCGGGGCUUACCCAAGAAGAUCGUAUCAACCGUUACAUUGCUUUCAAGGCUUUCGAAAAGCGUAUACUCACUGCCACCGAUAUCUUCGGUCGUGGCAUUGAUGUCGAGCGCGUGAACAUCGUCGUUAACUACGAUUGCCCUCCUGAUGCUGAUAGCUACCUGCAUCGUGUUGGUCGUGCUGGUCGGUUUGGAACGAAGGGUCUCGCGAUAACGUUUGUCUCGUCCGAGGCAGAUCAGCAAGUCAUGGGUGCCAUUCAGUCUCGGUUCGAAGUGGCCGUGCCGGAAUUGCCUGAGCACAUCGACCCCGCUAGUUACAUGACCUCUUAAUAUCUGUCUUGCCUUGUUAUGUUCUCAGUGUCAAUUGCUCUCUCGUCUCCUUGAAGUUUUUGUAAUCAUACUCCUUUCUGCCUAGUUAUGAAUGGUCAUUCUGGGGCUUCAGUCGUAUAUGUCGUAUAACAAUGUUGGAAUGCCCCGUCUCGAUCAUUCUAGAGGGCAGAAACGUCCAAUGUGUCUGUUUGAAGUGUGUUC